GCCGGCCGGAAGCGCGUGUCUCUUCCGUCCGGUGAGUGAGCAGGCUGAGCAUGGCGCCCAAGAGCUCUCGCAGGACUGGCUCCCACAGGGCGCACCCCUUAGGCCGCCAGUGGAAGGCGAAGCGGCGGCGCCGAGAUCUGGAUGAGAUCCACAAAGAUAUGCUGCCGGGGAACGCGGCGAAGCUGCUGCGCCAAGAGCCGGACGCCGACAUGCCCGGCAAUGCACAGCACUAUUGCCUGCAUUGCGCGCGAUACUUUGUUGAUUUGAAAAGCAUGAAGGAUCACUUCCGAUCUAAAGUUCACAAAAAAAGAUUGAAACAGUUGAGUGAGGAGCCAUACACCCAAGAGGAGGCUGAGAGAGCCGCUGGGAUGGGUUCCUACAUCCCUCCUAAGAAAACUGAAGUUCAUACACAGCCCCUUGAUGAGAUGGAGGAAUCCAGCUGAGACCCGUGGCUUUCACAGGACAAGUGGGGCUGCUUUCCGGCCCAUCUGGAGGUUCUUCAGUUAGAGACAAUGGUAAUAGUCAGUUGGCUUAGGCCAGAGGUGGGCAAACCUGGCCCUCCAGCUGUUGUUGAACUACAACUCCCAUCAUCCCCAGCCACAGUAAAUUGUGGCUAUGAAUGAUGGGAGUUGUAGUUCAACAACGGCAUGGGGGCCAGGUUAGCCCUCCCCGGCUUAGGCUUGAGACUCCAGAAGUCUUCAGGCACUCUUGUUUCACAGUAGUAGAAUCGGGGCAUAAUAAAACCCAGUCAAUGUUCAUCACCAAAAAGGAAAACUGCAUUUGCCGUAGAGGAAGCAGCUGCAGUCUCUGUCUGCUUUGGCAGCCGUCAAGAGUUCAGCCUGAGGUCUGGGAAAGGGUAAGCAAGCGCCCUGCGACUGACCUGCUUAUGUAACUAAUCACUCUCCUUACAACAGUUCGUAUGUACCAGCCGUGGCUUUGGAUUUUUCAGCAUUUGGUUCCGAAAGUGACCCUUUCCAUGUCCCAAGUAAGCCCCUCUUAAUAAAUGAGUUGGCAGAUUGCUGCCUGCCCCUGA